AUGGCGGCUUUGAAGAAGGUCUAUGAGGCAUAUCAAACAUCCCCAGACGAUGAACGUCUCCCCCUCGCGUUAGAGCGCCUCGCGUCUAUUCGGGGCGGAAAGGAGAAAAACGCACGCCUUCAAAAGGUGCUGCAUUGCAAUGCCCUCUGCAUCGUUUUAUGCACGCGUCUCCUCAAGUUGGGUCAGCAUUUUCGUCGUCGUCGGGAGUUCUCGGUCACUUGGCUCGCCAAGUCCAUGGACGUCUGCAUGGGGUUGUAUGUGACUUGGAUAGAGUCGCGCUGCAAGACUCUAGCAAAACUCGCGUCUCAGAACGCUUUCCCAGAUUCCGCCACGGUAGAGAAGCUGCUUGAUAGAGCGGAGAACGAUGAUGAAGCUGCGAAGAAGAAGUUGAAAGAGUUGCGCAUGUCGAUCGAGAACUGUAAAUCGGAUGAAGAAGGAGAUCUUGCCAUAUGGGCAGAGGUGAUCGGCCCGUUAGACAAACACACAGCGGUUUUUCAGCAAGCCGCCAAGGAUUCCCUCCAGGAGAUGGUCCCAGCCUAUGUCGGGCCGUUGAGCACUUAUCGACAGCACUCCGUCGCGACCCUCAAAAAGGCCUGGUUAUCGUCGGGCAAAGGCACGCAAGGCGGCGACAAUCAUAUCUUCCAGCACCUCGACCGCGUCAUCGCACGCGUCAUGCUUCACCUCACGCCAGAUGAGGAUGAAGUGCAGGCCCCUGAACCGUUGCUAGGAGGCUUCAUGCUCGACUACGCUUGGUCGUAUAUGUCGAGGAUCCAGGAAGGCGUCGCUGAGAUCUGUCGCUGGUUCGAACCUCUGCUCGAUUACUGGCGAAUCUUGCACGCCAAGAAUCACGUCAUGGACGACUGGACGACCGUCAUGUUCGCCAACAUCCAGGCGGACCCGCGCUUCAAAGUCAAAGGAGUCGAUGUCUUGGUCGCGGACACCAUCUGGAUGUACAGGGAUUCAUUGGUCUUGCGCUUGCAUAAUGCGAUGAUGACGCAGAAGCGAAAGCAGUUCGCCCGUCCGAGCGACAAGGAUGGAUUGAAGGCAGGAUUCGAUUCAUUGUCGCCUAACGAGCAGACCGCAAGCGAGGCGCUGACGAUGUUGAUCACGAAAAAGCGAGCCCUGUCGGCUUCUGGUACGGAGGUCACCAAAAAUCUAUCCAACGAAUCGCAAGUGGUCGCAGGAACGAUGGCCCUCCAUUGCACCUCGUGGGACUGGCUCUCUCCCGCGCUCAGGAAUGUCAACAGAGACAUCGCGCCCUGCGUGCAGGCCAUCGCAUACGAGAGCUCGUACAUACUGAAGUACCGACCGGCCCUGUUGAAAGAUCAGUGGAUCGGGGCCCUGCGCUGCAUGCUGGAGAAUGAUUUCACUGAACGAGUGAUGUCAUUCCAGACCAUCGAUGAGAAUGGAAAGCUCCGCUCCAUGAAGCGAUGGUUGUGGUGGGAUCGACUCCCUCUUAGUUCCAAGCAGCAGGACCCAGCGACCGUCGUCGGCAAGAUCAAGGACAGUUCUGUGAUAAGGCAGCAGCAGCAGCAACAGCGUCUUACCCUCGAGAACGCCGACCGCGAUGCCCUGACCAAAGCCAUCAACACUAUCGCCGGUCUGAACUGUGCGAAGGUGUUGGGCGAUGGUCCCACUCUGAUGUCGACAGACGUCCUUACGCCUCUGCAGGCACUUGUCGAAGGUCUGCAGUUGAACAGCGCACGACGUAGAAUGCGCAUUCUCAGCGGGGACAACGAAAAACACUUCAACGCUGAAACUGACAUCGACGACCUCAAGAUCGUUUUCCCAGCUGCGGAAGCGGAUGAACACACGACGUAUCCCGCGGCUGACGACGACGACACCGACAAGGAGGAACAACCCUUGCAUGUCGAACGUGAUGGCAGCCACAUCGAUGCUCAGAAAGAGUCUUCUGUCCCGGCGACAGAUGAAGGUCCUGCUCGCGAGAACUCCCCGCCAGCUACGCCAGCUGUUCCACGCACCAUCCCCAAACCACGCCCCAAACCACGCAGGCAACGUCAGCCAUCGCCUGUCCCAAUGCUUAUUGCCUUGCCUGCAACCGACGACGACGUUGAUCAAUCGUCCUCUACAGGACACAGAGCAUCGAGCGUUGUCCCAGUGCCUCCAGAACCUCAACGCCUCGACGUCGUCACACUCUCUUCCGCGCUCGCCACCGUUGCGUCCGCGACGACCGCGCAAGUUGCCCUCGAAACCAUCGCAUCCACGACCGUUGAACAACCUGUUGACGCUGUUCAACCUACCGCCGAGCUCGCAACGGUUGUACCCGCGGACGAUCAGACCGACAUCUCUGAAUGCUUCCCUGGGUCGCUGCCACCGCUCACUCAGUCCUCACCUCCAGGCACCCCUUUAGACGGCUUUGCCACCUCAGAUGUCAGCUGGUUCAAGAACGGUCGUGAAUCUGAAGAAGACGACACCAAUGCUGAUAUCGCAGAGGCGCGUGAUCCGCUCGAUGAAUCAUACCAUCCCACGCAAGGUUUGACACAGCCGAUCGACGCCGCAGACACCCAGGUUCGCAGAAGUGCUCGCCGCCACCCUUCUCCCGCUCAUGCACCCGCUGCUACCAAACGUUCGCGUGCAGCUACUGGCUCUUCAGUCGCGUCGACGUCCUCGUCGAAUGGCAAACAGAAGAAGAAGAAGGCACGUUUCACCACGCCAAACAUGCCCGAUGACGAUGAAGACGAGCUCAUCGUCCUGCCGAACGUUUAG